AUGUCACAAUACCGAGAUCCUACAAAUCCUCCUUCAAUGCUGCUCCUUCAGUGUGUCUUACUGGCUGGCGCCAGGAUUAGCACGAACUCGGAAUUGAGAGUUGAUGGAUCAACUUCAACUGCCGUUGCGACAUUCUAUCGACGAGCAAAAGCCCUUUAUGAUGCCGACUACGAGCGCGACCGAAUGACCUUGGUUCAAUCAAUGCUAUUGAUGGGUUGGUACUGGGCUGGGCCUGAUGACAUAUCCAAGAACAUGUUUUAUUGGAGUCAAUCCGCAAUCGCUGUGGCUCAGAACUUCGGUCUUCAUCGCAACAUGGGAAAUUCGGGUCUGUCGAUAAGCGAAAAGAGGCUUCGCAGGCGAAUAUGGUGGACGCUAUUUACACGAGAUCGCGCUUUGGCUGUUGGCCUGGGACAAUCAGUAUCCAUCAAUCUCGACGAUUGCGACGUCGAUAUGAUAACCGACGAUGACUUCAUUGAGCAUGAUGGGAACAAUAUCGACACAUACCCACCCAAUUAUAUUCACGUGGAAUUCUUCAUCCAGUACGUGAAGCUGUGCAUGGUCAAGACUGCAAUGACAUCACCUCAAUUGGCACAGCACUAUCCCAAUGGAACCAAGAGUGCCCUGUCACCAUGCGAUGGGAGAGACCAAAGCACCACUUUUGGUCUGGCAUACUAUACUUGCAUUACUUCAGCGCCCGUUGUCUGCUACAUCGAGCAAGCUCCCCGCGCAACAGAAAGACUUUGCAGGACACAAAACAAUCUUAUGGAUCACCAGAUGGCACUGUUCGCGCAGCAAACAUGA